AACAAAUUAAAAAGAUUCAUGUUUCCAUUCGAUUCUCCACGAGUUAAUUUUGCAAGAUGACACGCAAUGGUUUACAAGACUAACUUUCCAUGAAUAAUUAGUUGGAAGAAGCAAGUAGAGCUCGAGGAGUUUUCAGCUACGAUGGGAGGACGACUUUUAGACAAAUAUGUGUUGGAGAGGAGUCUGAUGAAGACAGGAUUAGGACCUGGAACGCACGAAAUCUCCCAGUGGCCAGAAAUCAUUUUACAGAGGACUUGCAAAACUAUUCGAAGGGAUAUUGGGUUUGGAACAGUUCCCCUUUUCAAACCUGUCCAUGUGUGCACUAAUCCUGGACCAGGAUACACGCGAAAGAGUCCAUAUCAUUACAUGGAUGAAAGGAAACGUAUUGGCUCUUCGUGUGUUCCCACUUUCGAGUACGACGGUCUGCGGCCUAGGUUUCAGACGAUCGCAAAACCCUGGAGUCUGCCUUCCAACUUAUACGACGUAAAACAUCCAGACAGUCUGGAAGCAACUCUGGAGAAAUUCACAGGGAAGAGGGGUCCCUACGAUUUAUUCACAGGACCAAGGGACGAUAGUACGCUCGUGGGCUAUCAGAAACCAGCGAAAUCGAUAGAUUGCGGUGACUGGCCUAAAUCGCUGCCAAACGAGUUAUUGCGCAAGUCGAACUAUUAUAAAGGACGUUGGAGCACCUGUCCAAGAUUUCCAAAGAAGUCAGGCGUGAGAUUAAUGAUGCGAGAUCUUGCAUUGUGUUACAAGGACCCCACGCAUCCAGGACCAUUUCACUAUAACCCAACGUCGCCUAGAAAACCAGAGAACGCGAAACGGUAUCCAUUUAAUAGUAAUAUCGAACACGUGAGGCCAGUCCCAUCGUCAGAAAUUCGUCCAGGUCCGGGUAGAUACAGUAUUAAGGACAUGCAUUCCAUAAAAGGUCACGGAUGGACUUCUGUUUUCAAGAGCAAAACGUCACGAACUGAUUUCAUAAUUAUACCCUCGUACAAUUAUUUCUAGCAUGCCUCACUUGGUACAUUCGGGCAAAUAAAGUUAAAGAAAUCUGGUUGAAAAAAGUUUCGUUCUUCUACUUUAUAACAUAAAUAUGAAUAU